AUGGAGUCUCUGGGAAAGUUACGGCUCAAUCACCAGCCAUUCCACCUUUCCCUCACUCACAAAUCUUCAUCGUUCCCGAAAAACCCAACAUUUACCCCCUUCAGAGCCUUAAUCCGACCAAUUUCCUCAGUCAAAUGCGCUUCAAUCAAAGCUUCUUCGUCCUCCAAAUCACAAGACUCUAGAAUUAUCCCUCUCAUAAAAUCCACAUGCAUCACUCUAACAACCGCCGCGGCGCUCCUCCUCGUCAAUCUCCAGCUCAAAUCGCCGGCGAUUGCAGCUCCCGUCGCGCCUCCGCCGUCAGUGGAAACCACCAACGAGCACGUGUCCUUGGAAGAAGAAGAGAAAGCGCUUGAAUCACAUUUAGCGACUCACGCUCCCGAUGUGGACACUCUCCGUUCCCUGAUGGAGGUAAAGAUCAAAUCCCGUAAGCUUUUAGAAGCAGUAGAAGUGAUCGAUCGUCUGAUAAAGCUAGAACCAGAGGAACCUGAAUGGCCAGUUUUGAAAGCCAGCAUUUUCACAUACAGUGGAGAUCUAGAUUCAGCGAAAACCGGAUUCGAAGAGAUUCUAGCUAAAGAUCCGCUUCGCGUCGAAGCUUAUCACGGCCUGCUCAUGGCUUACUCCGACGCAGGUCUCGAUUUGAAAGAGGUCGAGAAGAGAAUUAGAGAAGCAAUGUUGAUGUGCGAGAAAGAGAAGAAUCAAAACGAUUUGAGGGAUUUUAAGCUGCUCGUGGCGCAGAUUCGGGUGAUAGAAGGAAAGCAUAGUGAAGCGUUGAAGCUUUAUCAGGAGCUUGUGAAGGAGGAGCCGAGAGAUUUCAGGCCGUAUCUGUGUCAAGGGAUGAUAUACACGUUGAUGAAGAAGAAAGAUAAAGCGGAGGAAGAAUUCGACAAGUUUAGGAGACUUGUGCCGGAGAAUCAUCCUUACAGAGAGUAUUUUAUGGAUAAUAUGAUUGCUACGAAGCUUUUCUCUGAGAAGACGCAGCGUGAGUUGGCUGCUGGAUCAUCACCGAGUUGA